UCUUUUACUGGGUUUUCAUUCCUCACCGUCGUCAGAAACGGAAAGACCCCAAAAAAAAAUGCAACCAUUCCCCACUCUGUUUCUUCUCCUUUUCCUCACAGUGUCCCUUCCACUGACACACUCCACUUCACCAGAACGCUUCUUCAAACCAUCCUCACCACCUCUGUCGUCAUCGCACAAACCCAAACCCAAAUCCAAAGAAUACUUCGAGCUCACCCAUCCUCUACCGUCCGAUCGUUUGAAGCCAUCAUGCGAACUUCACAUCAUCCAGCAUUCAUUUGCCAACACAAUGAACCAGCCUCCUUACUCCACCCCAUACUUUCCACCAUUCCAAUGCCCCCCUCCUUGGUCCCACGUAGCCCUCGAAUUCCACGUCAAAUCCAAAGGUGAUCAACACGACCGCAUCUCCGCCUUAUGGCUCGGUGGCUCCGAGCUCCUCCGCACCAGCACCGCCGAACCCGGAAAACGCGGUAUCUUCUGGAAGGUUCGAAAAGACAUCACUAGAUACUCCUCUCUCCUCCAACAAAACAACCUUAACUUUACUGUCAUGCUCGAAAACAUCGUUGACGAUAUCUACACCGGCGUCUACCAUGUUGACGUCACUCUCUAUUUCUACACGGAUAACGCCAUCAAGGUUCCGUUCACGGGUAAAACUCAAAAUCUAUUUGCUCCAGCUUUACAAUUACCCUUCUUUGGAGACAAGAGCAUGUAUGACCCACCAGCUGAUUUAAUAAUUCCGAUUUCAGCUUCCGAUAGCACUAAGGGUUAUUGGUUUAUAGUAGAGGGAGAUUUUGAUGUUAAGUUUGAGAAGGUUAGAUUUCCGUUGAAUACACGGAAGGUCGUUUUGGAAUUAUACGUGUCGUUUCAUGGAACUGAUGAGUUUUGGUAUUCGAAUCCGUCGAGUUCUUACAUUAGAAUGAAUAACAUGAGUAAUCCGAGGGGUAAUGGCGCGUUUAGGGAGGUUUUUGUUUCAAUUGAUGGGAAAUUAGUAGGAUCAGAAAUGCCAUUUCCGGUGAUAUUUACCGGAGGGAUUAAUCCUUUGUUUUGGAAACCUAUCGUAGCAAUUGGUGCUUUUAAUUUACCUUCGUAUGAUUUUGAUUUGACGCCGUUUUUGGGCAUGGUUUUAGACGAAAAAGAUCAUGUUUUCGGUGUUGGAGUUACGGAUGGGAUUGAGUACUGGCUUGUUGAUGCGAAUUUGCAUAUCUGGCUGGAUUCAUUCUCGACUAUUGUGGAAGCGAAGAAUGUUGUGAAUGUUUAUCCUGCAUCAGAAAUAAGUCGUGGUGAAGAGUUUCAAUCACUUGAUGGAUCGUUUGAGAUUAAGGCGGAGAAGUUUACGCGAAUAGAAGGGUGGGUUAAGUCGAGUUCAGGAAAUUUAACUACUAGUAUAUUGCAGGAGGUUAAGUUUAGGAGCGCCAUAAAGUUCAAAAGGAAGGGAACUUAUAACACUGUUAAACAGAAUAUCGAGGUGAGAAGAGAAGCGAGAGUGUUGAAUGAUGUGGGUGCAUUGGUUAGUCGUGUUAUUGUCAAGAGAAAGUAUCCUCUUAAAGUGAUUACUGUCACUCUCCCUGGGUUGAAGAAUGAUACUUUCAUGCUUGUUACUAAUGUUACUCAUGCAGUGAAUGAGAGGAUUAAAAACGGGAAGUUGUCAAGCCAUGUUAUUAACAAACAGGUUUCCAAUGGUUGGAUGGAGGUUAGGGAUCAUUCUGUUCUUUCAGGUGAAGCGAUGACGAAUCAAACUUACGUUUGCAGGGACGAGCUAGGUUGCUAUGUUAGGACUGUUGGAACACUGAAUGGAAGACUCGUCAAAGACGAUACUGCUUAUGCCUGUCCAUCACUUAUGUAAUGUAAUCUGACUACGUUCAUUUUAAUGUUAGUUUCACUUGUAUUAAAAUUUCCAAAUAAUCUCUGCCUGCUGCAUUUGUACAUGUCCAUCUUUUCAUUAAUAGAAAUUUCUGGUGUCUAUUUCGUUGCAAAA